GGGUAUUCUGACGCGAGCGUGCAGAGGAAAGUAAAAGUGAAAAACAAGGAUAUCUUUUGACAGUUUUCAGGUGAAAAAGGUGUUGUGCAAGCGAAAAAUUCAACAGAAAUGGAAAUCGACGCGGACUCCCAGAAGCUGGUUCUCGAUUUGUCGAAAAAAUGCCUAAAGAAGAUUCCCAAAACGGACGACGCACAGCAGUACAAAGUGCUGAUCCUGGACGACAAUGAACUGCAGAAGAUUGACAAUAUCGAUUCAUAUCUUAAGAUUGAAAAGUUAUCGCUAUGUAAGAAUCAACUGCUCCGGAUGUACGGCGUUUGCCGACUGCACUGCUUGCGGGAGCUGAACCUUGCCUAUAAUGGAAUUUUAACCAUCGAGGGACUGAAGGAUUUGGUUCACUUGACGCACCUCAAUCUGGAAGGGAAUAACAUUAAAACUAUCGAGCAUCUGAACACCAAUACCAGUCUGGAGUAUUUGAAUCUGUCGGAGAACAGCAUCGGAAUCAUUUCGGACAUUUCGUUCCUGAAAAACUUGAAGGAACUAUACUUGAAUGGUAACAGGGUCGCUCACUUGAGACAGUGCGACAAGUAUCUGCCCCAUUCGCUGGAAACGUUAACGUUGGCAAAGAAUAACAUUUCCGAUCUGAACGAAAUGUGCACGCUAAGCCAUUUGAAUAAUCUCAACAGCAUCACGAUAGCGGAUAAUCCCUGUGUUCAGAUGACUGGGAAUUCAAUUGGAUUUGACUACCGACCCUUCGUGCUAAACUGGUGCAUGAGCGUUAAGAUGAUUGACGGGUUCGUUGUGACGGCUAUCGAAAGUUUAAAAGCCGAAUGGUUGUACAGCCAGGGACGUGGUCGCCAGUUUCGGGUGGGUGAACAGGUCGCCUUGGCACGUUACCUGAGCACGGUUUGCCCGCUGUCCGGCGAAGCAUUGGAAAACGAAAACGAACGCAAGCUGAGGCUGAUUUUGAGCAAAGCUCAGCAACACCAGCGGCAGUUACAGGAACAAAGUUCCGGUGGGGGAGGAGAUGGAACCACUACGCCCGUCAGUAACUCACCGUCAUCGCUGAGGCGAAAAGGACAAAGCCGAAUACAGUCCCCUAGAGUGACUCGACUGAGCGGUCGUCAGCACUCGCCGGAUACCAUGUCCAGUAGCUAUCACGGAAACACUUCCACCAACUUGAUGACCUCCAGCACGAUUGAAAACACCAGUGGUGGGAAUCAACUGUUUGAACUUACAAAAUCGCUUAUCGACAACAUCACGUCGGAUAAUAUUAUGUCGCAAAGUCUCGAUCCGAAUAUGCUGAAUACCUCCGGGAACAAUAACAGUAACCCUAUGACUGCUUCAAUGCACGAAAGCAUUGUUUUGUCGAAACAGCAAGUCAACGUUGGUGGCGCCAAUCUAUACAACGAUCAACCACCAGCCGGUCAGGUCAUCAUGGGUGGUCCAUUGGCAGCCGCAUCGAAAAUGGUCCCCGUGCCGGAGUCGCUGAUGAGUCCGGACUGCGGUCCAACCACCUCGCCGGCAACGAUUGUGCAACGGAACAUGCAGAAUUGUGCCAACCAGCCGCAACCGCAAACGCCGCAGAUUCCGAAGGCGAUCAAAACCAAAGAUAAUACCCGUGCUGCAGGCAUACCGACAAGUGCUACCAAGAGUUCAAGUCCGCGUCCAACAAAACGCAGCACUUCCACCAAUAAUAGCACUAGCAAUAGUGUCAGCAGCGAGCGUUCCUCCCCUUCGCUUUCGCCUCGUAAGACUCUGACCAACGUCAGCAAUAGUCACUCUAGGGCGCUAUCGGCCCAAUCAAAAGGUUCUGCUCACGGUGCCCAGGCCACUCCACCGGACGGUGGUUCCAGUAAUGCCGUAAGCUCGGACGAAGACAGCGAGGCUAUCAAUAUUGACAAGCUGAAAACUAUUCGGAACAAGGCCGCCCAGCAAAGUGGUCAAACCUUCGUUAAAACCAAAGAGAAAGACAUCUUGGAUGGUGCCACGAUUAUCAACAACAAAACCACCGAAAACUCAGCCAUAGUCAUUCAGAAAAUCUGGCGCGGCUAUCGAACACGGAAGAGAGGCCAGAACAUCGCGGACAUUCUGCAGAAGAAGCGAACGCAAGAUUACAUUUUGAAACUGACCAAAGAUAUGGAAAUGACGAAAACUGCGCUUGAAAACGAGCGCAAGAUACAACAGCUGCAGAUGCAAGCCAUCAACGCGCUGUGGAAGAAGGUAUCCGCCAUGCAGCCGAGCCAGGCUGCCAACGGAACGACCGACACUAUGAAGCUAGAUGUGAUCAACAACGAAAACAGCUCGGUGCUUGUGGUGCAAGAUCUGACCAAGACGUGCUCCAUGCUGAUGAAUCAGGUGCAACAGUUACAAACAUCCGUAAAAGACAUUGUAACAUGCAUGCAGUUCUUUGCCAAUGCCAACAUGUCCGCUUCCACAAUGGCAAUGGAAACGUCGUCCAGCAGUCUCAAAGAUAGCUGCGAAACGCAAACGGAAAUUGUGGCAGUGCACACGCCGCAGGUGGAACAGUUGCCUGCGUUUCCUUUCAAAACGGUGGGCGCCGGUAGCAGCAAGCUGACAAGGCCUUCGUCUCUGCCAAUCAGUUCCUCGGAAACAUCACCAAAGAUAACCUCCCAGGAGGGCAAACCAAUCAUCGAGGAAGAGGAAGGUGGCUCCAAGGAGGAGGACCUUGUGGAAGUGGUCGAAAUCGAAGCGGAUCCGGGCGACACCGAGGAGAACGACGACGGCGAACAGAAGGAACUCGACGAAAAGGAACUCGAAGAGACAGGUAAACUGGUGAAGGUGGUUAACUAACUUUAAAGAAUUUGUAGUCGUCUAGUGGAAUAGUAGGUGGCUUCCCUAUCCUUACUCCCACUGCUCUCUGUGUAUAAUUGACUGUAUGUUCUAUAUUUGUGAAUGUGAUUGCUUUAACAGCUCGACUUCCAGUUCAGUUCGAAGUGUCCUGAAAAGAUGUUUUUAUUUUAUUGUGUUGAAUAAUUUUAAGUGUAAAUGUAAAACGCAGAUAUGCCACUGAUACCUACUCUGUUGCUCUAAUGUUUUCGGAUCUCUUAGGAAGUAAUAGAAUAUAUCAGUCAUUCGAAUAAUGAUCUAUUGAGGUAGCGGUUUUUCGUUGAAUACAAUCAAUUUGUUUUAGUUUGGCUAGAUUUUGCAAAGUUUCACGAGGGCAGGUUGUACAGUUCGAUCGUUUCUCUUUCAUUGUUUGAAGCUGAUUACACUGAAUUCUUUUUUUACACGACUUUUUUUUUACGCGAUUUUUUUUUGCACGACUUUUUUUACGCGAUUUUCUCGAAAUUACGCGACUUUUUUUUACGCGAUUUUGGUCAUUUGCGGAGAACAAAUCGCGUAAAAAAAAUUUCCUUUGGAUUUUUUUGCGCGAUUUCUCAAAGUUACGCGAACUUUUUUUACACGAUCUUUUUUUGCGCGAACGCAUCAAUCGCGUAAAAACAGAAUUUAGUGUAUUUGCAGCUGAUACAUAUGAUUAAAAAAAAGGAAAACUGAUUUUUGAAUAAACUAGUUACUCAUGGCGCCCAUUAACAUCCUUCGACAGUCCACAUCACAACCAAUUACGCAACGGAACUAUACUAAACCAUUAGUCUAUCUCAAAAUGAAAAGCAAACUUAUGUGUCUAGUGUGUCUCUGAAAGACUUCGAUCUGCUUGAGCUUGAGAAGAAUAAUUAUAACCUGGUGAAGAACGUUGAAACCACAAGAGAAUCAUGGCUCCAGAAGGCUUUCCAGGAUAACGAUUUGAUUCUUCGUUUCGGUUUGUUGGACAAACUAAUGUCCGUGAAGCUCGAAAAGAUUGGAUCCGUUGGAGACUAUUUUGACGAACUGGGAACGAUGGCGCAAAAUCUGGGCGGUUGGAUUCGAGAUACAUUAAAUGAUCAUUAAUUUCUAUCAUUCAUUGAAAGGAUUACCGGAUGCAAACUUUGGGCAUCAAUCUGAUUGCUUCUUUAAAUUGGUUGAAAAUAGUUUCUCAAAACAAAAUUAAUUUCUAGCCAAUCUUUUACAUCAGUAUAUUGUAGCUAUAAUUUUUAAGAUUUGCGUAUUAUCUAGGAUAUAAGACAUUCCCACAACAUAGCUUGAUAAUUUAACCUUUCCAACGUUAUUGCUAGUGCGAAUCAAAUGUAAGUUUCGCAAAAGCAAGAAUUUUAAAGUAGUCCCUUACAAAUUUGUUCUCAAACUUGAGAAUUAGGUACCUACCUAAAAAGUGCUCUCUUCUUCUCUGGUCGUAGCAAAUUCAACGCUAGAUAUUAGUAAAUAUAGUAGUGAAAUUAAUCAAAAUAAAAGCAACAAAUUAUCGCAAACCAAAAACGAAAUAUAAGCCAAUGGCAUAGCACCGAACAUACACACUGAUUUUUGUUUUCGACGAAUACAGCAUUCCAUCAAAUUCAUGGCCUACACUUGACUUGAUGUCAGUGUAUGCAGAUGAUUUUCGAUCGUAGAUUGGUUCGUUCGUUUAACAAUAAUACGCGUGAUUAGUAAACUUGCACUGAAAAUACGCAGGAUAAUGAAACUUUUUGCUUGGCAAAUACCUUACAUUCCGAUGUCACAGAAUCAACUACUAACAUGUACUUUAGAAGCAUAUGAAUGCAGAUUUUGGACAAUGCCAAACAUGGAAGAAUUGCAACUUUUUUGAACUAUUUAUUCUACAUAAAGAGACCGUUACAUGACUUUAAUGUAUAUAUAAGUAUAAAGCAAACAAAACGAAGCUUGUUUCUGCCUCUCUGUACAAGAAUAAACUUCUUAUAUUUA